AUGUUACUAGGGAUUGUUCUUCUUUGUGCAGCUGUGCUAGCUAAAGAAUGUGUGCCGCAAAUUUCUGGAUGCGCCGAAUGUGAUGAAUCGACUGGAACCAAAUGCACGCGCUGCGACCCGGCCGGCAACACGCCCUUCCUGAUGGAGACGACGCCGGACGGCGGGGAGGGCACGUGCGUCGGGGACUGCACACAGACCCCGGGCUAUUACGGCGACGCCAGCGACGACCAGAAUAAGAAGUGCAAGAAGUGCAACGCCGCCUGCGCAGCGUGCUCUGGCGCAGAGGCCACGAAGUGCACGCGCUGCGACCCGGCCGGCAACACGCCCUUCCUGAUGGAGACGACGCCGGACGGCGGGGAGGGCACGUGCGUCGGGGACUGCACACAGACCCCGGGCUAUUACGGCGACGCCAGCGACGACCAGAAUAAGAAGUGCAAGAAGUGCAACGCCGCCUGCGCAGCGUGCUCUGGCGCAGAGGCCACGAAGUGCACGCGCUGCGACCCGGCCGGCAACACGCCCUUCCUGAUGGAGACGACGCCGGACGGCGGGGAGGGCACGUGCGUCGGGGACUGCACACAGACCCCGGGCUAUUACGGCGACGCCAGCGACGACCAGAAUAAGAAGUGCAAGAAGUGCAACGCCGCCUGCGCAGCGUGCUCUGGCGCAGAGGCCACGAAGUGCACGCGCUGCGACCCGGCCGGCAACACGCCCUUCCUGAUGGAGACGACGCCGGACGGCGGGGAGGGCACGUGCGUCGGGGACUGCACACAGACCCCGGGCUAUUACGGCGACGCCAGCGACGACCAGAAUAAGAAGUGCAAGAAGUGCAACGCCGCCUGCGCAGCGUGCUCUGGCGCAGAGGCCACGAAGUGCACGCGCUGCGACCCGGCCGGCAACACGCCCUUCCUGAUGGAGACGACGCCGGACGGCGGGGAGGGCACGUGCGUCGGGGACUGCACACAGACCCCGGGCUAUUACGGCGACGCCAGCGACGACCAGAAUAAGAAGUGCAAGAAGUGCAACGCCGCCUGCGCAGCGUGCUCUGGCGCAGAGGCCACGAAGUGCACGCGCUGCGACCCGGCCGGCAACACGCCCUUCCUGAUGGAGACGACGCCGGACGGCGGGGAGGGCACGUGCGUCGGGGACUGCACACAGACCCCGGGCUAUUACGGCGACGCCAGCGACGACCAGAAUAAGAAGUGCAAGAAGUGCAACGCCGCCUGCGCAGCGUGCUCUGGCGCAGAGGCCACGAAGUGCACGCGCUGCGACCCGGCCGGCAACACGCCCUUCCUGAUGGAGACGACGCCGGACGGCGGGGAGGGCACGUGCGUCGGGGACUGCACACAGACCCCGGGCUAUUACGGCGACGCCAGCGACGACCAGAAUAAGAAGUGCAAGAAGUGCAACGCCGCCUGCGCAGCGUGCUCUGGCGCAGAGGCCACGAAGUGCACGCGCUGCGACCCGGCCGGCAACACGCCCUUCCUGAUGGAGACGACGCCGGACGGCGGGGAGGGCACGUGCGUCGGGGACUGCACACAGACCCCGGGCUAUUACGGCGACGCCAGCGACGACCAGAAUAAGAAGUGCAAGAAGUGCAACGCCGCCUGCGCAGCGUGCUCUGGCGCAGAGGCCACGAAGUGCACGCGCUGCGACCCGGCCGGCAACACGCCCUUCCUGAUGGAGACGACGCCGGACGGCGGGGAGGGCACGUGCGUCGGGGACUGCACACAGACCCCGGGCUAUUACGGCGACGCCAGCGACGACCAGAAUAAGAAGUGCAAGAAGUGCAACGCCGCCUGCGCAGCGUGCUCUGGCGCAGAGGCCACGAAGUGCACGCGCUGCGACCCGGCCGGCAACACGCCCUUCCUGAUGGAGACGACGCCGGACGGCGGGGAGGGCACGUGCGUCGGGGACUGCACACAGACCCCGGGCUAUUACGGCGACGCCAGCGACGACCAGAAUAAGAAGUGCAAGAAGUGCAACGCCGCCUGCGCAGCGUGCUCUGGCGCAGAGGCCACGAAGUGCACGCGCUGCGACCCGGCCGGCAACACGCCCUUCCUGAUGGAGACGACGCCGGACGGCGGGGAGGGCACGUGCGUCGGGGACUGCACACAGACCCCGGGCUAUUACGGCGACGCCAGCGACGACCAGAAUAAGAAGUGCAAGAAGUGCAACGCCGCCUGCGCAGCGUGCUCUGGCGCAGAGGCCACGAAGUGCACGCGCUGCGACCCGGCCGGCAACACGCCCUUCCUGAUGGAGACGACGCCGGACGGCGGGGAGGGCACGUGCGUCGGGGACUGCACACAGACCCCGGGCUAUUACGGCGACGCCAGCGACGACCAGAAUAAGAAGUGCAAGAAGUGCAACGCCGCCUGCGCAGCGUGCUCUGGCGCAGAGGCCACGAAGUGCACGCGCUGCGACCCGGCCGGCAACACGCCCUUCCUGAUGGAGACGACGCCGGACGGCGGGGAGGGCACGUGCGUCGGGGACUGCACACAGACCCCGGGCUAUUACGGCGACGCCAGCGACGACCAGAAUAAGAAGUGCAAGAAGUGCAACGCCGCCUGCGCAGCGUGCUCUGGCGCAGAGGCCACGAAGUGCACGCGCUGCGACCCGGCCGGCAACACGCCCUUCCUGAUGGAGACGACGCCGGACGGCGGGGAGGGCACGUGCGUCGGGGACUGCACACAGACCCCGGGCUAUUACGGCGACGCCAGCGACGACCAGAAUAAGAAGUGCAAGAAGUGCAACGCCGCCUGCGCAGCGUGCUCUGGCGCAGAGGCCACGAAGUGCACGCGCUGCGACCCGGCCGGCAACACGCCCUUCCUGAUGGAGACGACGCCGGACGGCGGGGAGGGCACGUGCGUCGGGGACUGCACACAGACCCCGGGCUAUUACGGCGACGCCAGCGACGACCAGAAUAAGAAGUGCAAGAAGUGUGCAGAAGGCCAAAAGCCUAAUACUGCAGGAAAUAAGUGCUUCGUUUGCCCAGAUGCUAACUGUGAACGAUGUGAUCAGAGUGAUGUCUGCGCUAGAUGCAGUACCGGCGCACCACUGGAGAACGGGAAAUGCCCCGCCGCCACGCCGGGGUGCCACUCCAGCUGCGACGGAUGCACCUCUGACGCCAUGACGAACCAGGCCGACAAGUGCACUGGCUGUAAAGAGGGACGGUAUCUAAAGCCAAACCCUGCAGCUGGGCAAUCGGGAACGUGUCUUACUGCUGAAGAGUGCACCUCCGAUAAGACGCACUUCACCAAGGAGAAGGUCGGUGACUCGAAGGGGAUGUGCCUCCCAUGCAGCGACGCAACACACGGCAUCGCGGACUGCAAAAAGUGUGCCCUCAAAACGCUCUCUGGAGAAACAGAAUCGACAGUUGUGUGCUCUGAGUGUACUGACAAAUGGCUUACUCCUUCGGGCAAUGCAUGUUUAGAACAGUGUCCUGCUGGAACAUAUCCUAACGAUAACAAUCUUUGUACUCCUUGUCAUGAUACCUGUGCAGAGUGCAAUGGCAAUGCGGACGCUGCUUCCUGCACGGCUUGCUAUCCUGGGUAUUCUCUCCUGUAUGGAUCUGGCACAGCCGGAACAUGCGUCAAGGAGUGCACUGGUGCGUUCGGCGCCAACUGUGCAGACGGGCAGUGCACGGCUGACGUGGGGGGCGCGAAGUACUGUGCCCAGUGCAAGGACGGGUACGCCCCGAUCGACGGGAUCUGUACAGCAGUGAAAACUGGGAGAGACGCGAGCGUAUGUACGGCGGCAGGCGGGAAGUGCACCAAAUGUGCAGGAGAGUAUACUCUCAUGUCGGGCGGGUGCUAUGGUGUGGCGAAGCUUCCUGGCAAAUCGGUUUGCACGCUUGCUAACAAUGGAAAGUGUACUAUGUGUGCUGCAAAUAGCCAGGCACCUGUGCAAGAUAAGUGUCCGGAGUGCUCUGAAGGCUGUGCAAAAUGCAAUGAUUCUAAUGCCUGCACUGAAUGCCUUCCUGGAUACUAUAAGAACAAGAGCAGCGCUUGUAUACCAUGCAGCAAAGAUAGCACACCAAUCACUGGCGUGCCUAAUUGCGUAAGCUGUGCUCCUCCAGCUGGUGGCAAUGGCGGUCCUGUCCUCUGUUAUCUCAUGAAAGGUGCCGACAACACCGGCGGAAGCACGAACAAGAGCGGCCUUAGCACAGGCGCCAUCGCGGGCAUUUCCGUCGCUGUGAUUGUUGUUGUAGGAGGCCUUGUGGGCUUCCUUUGCUGGUGGUUCCUCUGUAGAGGAAAAGCGUAG